UGUAUUUUAGUUCAAUGGUACACACGGGCUAGCGAGUAUUUGUCGUAGAAAAUUUGUUCGUAUAUUCGAGUACAAAAUAUAAAGUAACCUGUUAACACGAUUAACAGGCAUGCAGGCUAGCAAUCCUCAUUUUUCCAACCCUAAAUUUCGUCGGUGGAUAAAGACAAAAUGGCGAAGUGCAGCCAAACGUCAUUUAGCUGGGAAAAAUUGUUUAUUCGUGUUUUGCACCUUGUUUUAACGACAUUUGUCAUAACUGUACUUAUACUUAAAGAUACAGAGCUGCGUAAGUCGUUGAUCCUGCAACAGUGGUUUUAUGUUUUGCCAUAUUUCGCGAUCGUCACCGCUUCAACAGUUUUUUAUUUUGUUGCUGGAUCUGUUGAUCCUGGUUUUGUUGCUUCUAAUGAUACAGAUGUCAUCAUGGUGGCCUAUGAGAAAAGCAAGGAGGAUAAUACAGAAGGUGAACCAUUGAUCUCUGAGAAUUGUGAGGUUUUUGGCGAGCCACCAUUUCAUUCCUUGCCUAAACUACGUCGCUGUGGUUACUGCAACCUUAUGCAACCUCUGCGAUCAAAACAUUGUGAGGAUUGUAACCGUUGCGUUUAUCGAUAUGAUCAUCAUUGCCCAUGGUUGGGAAAUUGUGUUGGCGAACGAAAUCACAGAUAUUUCUGGGCAUUUUUAUUGUUUGAAACAAUUCUCAUUGCUUGGUCAAUAGAAAUAGGAUGGUUUGGCUUUCAAAGAAAAACGCUAUGGUCAGAUUGGAUUUAUUCUAAUGGCAUUCUUGUUGUUGUUAUGUUUAUCCUUGUCAUUGCUGUAAUUGUUGUCACUUUGUUGUUUGGCUGUCAUUCAUAUUUGAUUAUAAUUGGUCGUACAACCUGGGAGCACAUGGCUCAUUCGAAGAUCUCGUAUUUGAAGAUAUUCAAAGAAGGAGAAAAUCCAUUUCAUGAAGGCUACAUCAAAAAUGUUUGCAAGUUUAUGUGUCAUUGUCGCAUACGUAAAUGGGAAAGCAUCUUCCAUAGAAGUAGCAUAAACUUAGGAGUCUAAUGUUGUGUAUUUGAGCACUUUUCUCUAGAAAAUUAAUUAUUUGAUCUAGGGCAAACAGAACAAUAGACAUGAAUACAUUAAAUAUAAAGAUGAUGAAAGUGAAUUGUUAAACCGUCUUCUUCUAUUGACCAUUUCUGACUUGUAUUCAUAAGAAAGUCAAUCUCUUAAAAAUCAUCACAAUGUUGAUUUCAUUUCUCAUGUAAA